UCCUCUGCGCAUGCGUGAGCGUCAGAGAAGUGCGUUUUAGAAUGAUUACUGGCCAACGGACAGCAGAUUAAACGGCUCCACACAACUGUUGUUUUAAUCCUCUGGGCGAGGAGAUUUACGAAGAAAAAACACUGGUUUAUAAACCCCAGCAGCCAUAUUGUAUGGAAAAACGACGGAAAGACGUCUCUUUUGAGAAAAAAGUAGUUUUCUCCAGAUAACUCUGUCAAGACUUCUUCUGGGGACUUUAAGUGUUUUUCUUACCGGCGGAGGAAUUCACACACUGGGACUAGUUUUUGAGCCAUUUUCACACAACAUUGUGGUCAUCUCUUUGGUUUAAAGGUGUUAAAUUCACCGUGUGAACCAUGAAGGACCGAUUGGAGCAACUUAAAGCGACGUGUGAUCAAGAUGAUGAGGAGGUGGAGAUCUCUAUGGACAACGCAGCCUUCAUGGACGAAUUCUUCCUUCAGAUUGAGGACAUCAGGAACAGUAUUGAUAAAAUUGAUGAUAACGUGGCUGAAGUCAAAAAGCUUUUCUCCGUCAUCCUGUCUGCUCCCACAUCGGAUCAGAAAACACAGGAUGACUUGGAGGCAAUCACCAACGACAUAAAGAAGAUGGCCAACAAUGCAAGAAACAAACUCAAGACCAUCGAGAGGAAUCUGGAGUCAGAGGAGCAGGAGAGGGUGUCGGCUGACAUUCGGAUACGUAAAUCACAGCAUGCAGUGCUGUCCAGGAAGUUUGUGGAGGUAAUGACAAAGUAUAAUGAAGCCCAGGUGGACUUCAGGGAGAGGAGUAAAGGACGUAUUCAGAGACAACUAGAGAUCACCGGAAAAGCAACAACAGAUGAGGAACUGGAGGAGAUGCUGGAGAGCGGCAAUUCUGCUGUGUUUACUGCAGGGAUUGUGGACGCUGGGAUCUCUAAACAAGCCCUGAGUGAGAUCGAAGCCAGACACAAAGACAUUGUCCGUCUGGAAAGCAGCAUCAAGGAGCUGCACGAUAUGUUUGUAGACAUCGCCAUGCUGGUGGAGAGCCAGGGUGACAUAGUUGACAACAUAGAGCAGAAUGUAUCCAAGUCAGUGGACCAUGUAACAGAGGCUAAGGAGCAGACCAAAAAAGCUAUAAAGCAUCAGUCCAAAGCACGCAAGAAAAUGGUGAUAAUAGUGGUGGUUGUGCUGGUCUUGGUGGGCUUACUAGCCCUCAUAAUCGGGUUAUCAGUUGGAUUGAAGAAAAGCUGAUGAGCUAUUUGAAUAAGAGGAGAGCGGAGGAAGAUGAUCAUAAUCGGUGUAGUCUGUGCUGUGCUUGCUGUCAUCAUCCUCAUCAUCAUCCUCACCCAGACACUAUAACAGGACUGCUGUUUUGCUACCAUCAUCAUCAUCAUCCACUCCAUCCUAUCCUCCGUCAGCCCGCCAAAGAGUGAUCACUCCAUAUGGAUAUGAUCAUAUUUAACCUGCAGAUAUUCAACAAAAAAAAAACCCUGAAGGACAAGUGUUACAUUUGACCUCUGGAAAAAAAGAAGAACUACGAGACUUGUGAUAAUUAUAAACAACUUUUUUGUCCAAUCAGAA